AUGGAUAAUGAAACCGCCAAAGAUAUCUUGAAAAAAUUGACCCAAUUUACAAAAAGAUUACAUGAAGAUAACGAUUUUAGGAAUACAGUAGCUACGGAACUAUGCGAAAUGGGUUAUGUAGAGGGCCAGAACGUGAAUAACGAUGCUGCUGGAGAAGACAAUCCUGAACUUAACGCUGAACAAGUGCACAAUGCAUUUGUUAAAGCUGUGAAUAUGUCCAUAAACUACGUAGUUGACCUGCGUGAAGAUGAUCCCUUAUUAAAGAAAAAAUUGAAGAAGCUUCUAGUAGACACUCUGCCAUCAAAGAUCCAAAAGAAACAGAUCAAAUAUUACUUGACAGACAAACUACUUGACCCCGACAUUCGGAGCACUCUCAAGUCUCCUCUUGAUUUUCUAAAAGAAGGUUGUAUAAAGUCAUCAGCCAACCAAACUCUCUUCAAGAAACUUAUCGAAUGUCAGUUUCGAAUAAAAUGGAACACUGACGCUGAUGAUGUUGAAAUACCUGGACAUCCAAAGCCUUUCAACUAUUACGAGUUCUGUAAUGAAGGAAAGAAGAUAUGGCCGAGAACUAAAUUGAAAUCACUGAAAAAUCGGGUGCGUAGAACACACGUCUUAGUGCAGUUAUUUCAGUUGCCAGUUGCAGACUUGUUGCAGGAAUUGAGUUCAGAUGAUUUAUGUCCUCCGGUUUAUAUCAGAACGGAUGAAAAUAUGUGGAAUAAUUGGAAUCCGACAAACAAGACGUUUGGUGAAACUAUAAACACGGGUGAAGAAUUAGCGGCCCCUUUCUCAUGGAUGAAUGAUUCUAUACGCAGUUAUAUUCUUGACCAGGCUGAAAUAAUUCCUGAUGCUGACAGUGGAGCGUGUCUUGACGAGCACACUCUUUAUUGGGCAGUUAUACACGACUCCGAUUUCCAAGCUGGCGACGAAUUAGAACUAAACGACAUUGGACAAACACAAGUCUAUGUUGGGAAAGCUGACAGGGGUAUGAACGGACGAUGGUUAGCAGGCCACUGUAAAAAUAUGAUGGAAUGUCUAGAAAGUAUUCGCACAAUGAGAGAAGUUGGUACAUACGAGCCGCUGCUAUUGAAAGACGUCCAGUUGAUUGAAGCCAGACUAGUGUUGGCUAAACUGAAAGCUAAUGAGAACAGCGCUCUGUUUGUGAUGAAAACAUUUAACCAUGGUAUAGCGGAAGCUAAAAAUGCCUUUACGUUAGCACAAGAAGCAUACGACGCAGAGGAAAUACUACAAAACAAAAGGAGCUUAGAUAAAGCGAAAAAAGCUUUAGAUAAUGCGAAGAUAAAAGCUGAAAAAGGUCUCAUAGAAGCAGAGAGCCGAAACAUCCAAGGUCUGAGGAUUCGGAAAUUCACUGUACGCAAAGAGAGUAAUUACAUUAUUAAGGACGUAAAUUGCAGAGUCCGUCCCCGAUGGCAACCUCUAGAUAUGAGGUAUGGGAUGAACAGCAGAAAAUGA